CAUUUUUGCUGUGUGCAAAUAAUUCAUCGGAGAGCUGCACAGAAAAAUUUCUCGAGAGAAUCAGCCUCGCGAUGAACAGCGAAGAGAAGAUAUAUUCUCCCGCAAUGCGCACGAGAACACAGAGUCAUGACUGAGAAAACCGAAUUGAUCAAUCUCAGAUUUUCACGUUGAGACAUUCCGAAGAUCACACACGAGUCGAGAUGAGCAGGGAGGACAGCAGCGGCGAGGGAAGAUCGCAGGACGCUUUCUCGCCGGAUUCUCCGGUAGAUGUACCGGCGAAGGAUCCGAACGCGGAGAUCUACGAGAAUCGUGGAUCUAAGAAGAUCAUCCGCGUGCUCACCGUGAUGGCCUAUCUGUUCUCAGUGAGUUUCGUGGCUAUUCUGUUGAGUGCUUAUUACAUAUUCCUGUGGGAACCACCGAAUCCGAGGUUCAUACAACGAGAACGUUUGCGAAUGGAUCCGCAGAUGCAGUUCCUGAUCGCGCCAGCCCCGGAGGAGACGAAGAAAGACGGCAACUUCCUCCUGCAGAGCGAAGGCAAUCCCAUGCACAAACCUCUUCUCAUGGGUCGCAUGGCGCACCACAUGUACAAUGUCGAUGAUUUCCAAAAUAAAAUAAAGUUCGACAAAAAAGUAGAAUUAAACACGGCGUUGCUGAAGCUGAGACACUCGCUCGUGGACACCCUGCGCGCUCAGAGGCGACAUUCGUCGCAAGAGACGACGAAGUCCAGCGGAUUCAACAAUUCGUUCGCGGAAAAAGUGUUUAACUCGACAGUUAGUCCCACGGAGAACACGAUCUCGGUAAAUCGACACGGUAAAUCCGCGAGUGAAAAUAUAUCCGAAGAAAAGACUUAUAAUGAUCUGCCUGUAGAAUUCGUGGAUUCUGUAAGUACUCUGAACGUUGAAGGCACGUCUUCCACGUCGAAGUUCAUGACUAUUCCCGAAAUUAAAACGAAGCAGAGACUCGAUAGAGACUCUGUCAAUGUCAAUCCAAUUAUCGAAAAAAAGAAUCGAUAUAACAAAAAGAGUCUCGAUGCUGUUGAAUCGUAUGUUAUUCGCGAAUUCAGUAACGUGACGAGAAAUAGCGAGAUAACGAAUGGCAGUGAUCGACGCGUUUUCGAAGACGAAUCUUCCAAAACGACCCAAGAUUUUCUGAAGACCGAUAGAAAAGAACCAAUGAAACAAAACGAAACCGACGAUCGCCGGUUGAUUAAUAACGAUCGAGAAAAUAAUUCAAACGGUGUACAAACGAGCAUUAUAUUGGAGAAAUACGUGAAUGAUAGUAUUAGAAACUCCCAGGAAAAUUACUCUUCGAACGAACAGAUCGGACAAAUCGCACGUGACAAAGUAUCGAUCGACACGUCAUCUCGCGACUCAGGACUUAUCGACGAUCCGGGAUUCCAUCAGACGUCGAAUGACCCGACCGUCGUAAAAUCACGGUCACGCAUCGCGAGAAUAAGAAAUUCCGAAGAAACACAGAUCGAAAGAAUGACAGCGAGAUCUACGACGGUAGAAAAUAAACAGCUGGAACAAAUUGAUUUAUCGAUCACUCAACGACAAAAAAGUUUCUCGGAAGUCUUCACGGAAAUUGCGGACGUCAGAGAGACGUCUGUAGAGCUCACAUCAAUAUCGACAACAGGAGAUUAUCAUAAUUUCACUAGCAUUACGAGCGAAGAUGAUGAGAGUGUUACAUAAGUGAAUAUACGAUCGGACUUUUCACAACUCGUGUUGAAAAAAAUAAAGUGCAAGGAAACCGAACUAGUAAUCACUAAUAGAGUAUCAAUAUCUAUUAGUACAUUUAGAGAAGCAAUUCUCUUUUAGUUCUUUAUGGACAGAGAAUGUUAGAAGUCGUAUUGACCUGAAUUUGCCAAAUGAGAAACCUAAUAGAGACUAGGAACUACUCAUUGAGACAAAUAUAGAAACUAAAAAUACAUUGAAAUAAUUUAAGUAUCUAAUUGUCUAUAGAAUUAUGUGGAUGGCACUAUUGUGAAGAUACGAUAGAAGAAAUUAACAAUAAGUAAUGGAAUUACAAAGAAAAUUAUGCAUGUAUAUUCCAUCGCAGACUUUAACUCUCUUAUAAAUUUAAAUAAAUCAAAUUUUGUAUCUUCAUUGUG